AUGAAUGCGAUAUCUGGAAAUUAUUCGGGCAACAAUAAUAUGAAUGCCACAACGACAAUGACAACAACUCCUGCCUCAGCUUCAUCUCAGGCAGUGACGAAUUCUCAGCCCGUUGAAGAUUUCUAUCAGACCGUACAGAAAAAUCCAAAUAAACAACAACAACUCCAGCAGCAGCAACAUCAGCUACAUAAUAACUAUUAUCAGCCACCUCCUGCCGUGGGCAAUUCUCAGCAACAUCAUCAGCAGCCGCAGCAGCCACAGUACAACACUCAACAUGCAACCGCAACGGGUUUGGCCACAUUUAACGGAAAUUCAAAUUUAGAAAAUCCCAUUGUAACCAAUGGUGGUGGUGCUGGUCAGAACAACAACCUAAUCCACAACUCAAAUUAUAACAACGGUAAUUCAAAUCAGCAGCCACCUCCCCUGCCGCCCGCCAACAAAAUAGGCAACCAUCAAGCUGCAGCCGCAACCUCUACAUCCUCCUCAUCAUCUCCGGUUGUUGGUCUGAAUGCCAUUGGCAAAACGGAUGCAAUUUCUUCCUCUUCAUCGUUGUCAUCAUCGAAUAGUCUACUUAGUGGUCCUGCUGGCCUUACUUCCGGCUUUGCCAAGAAACAACAGCAGCAGCAACAAUUACAUGCUUCCCGAGAGGAUGUUACCAAUGUUGGAAAUGGUGGUGGUGCUGGUGCUUCUCCGGCUGGCGCUAAUAGCCAAUCUUCAACUUUAAUGAAUCAGCAGCAACAGUCCCAUCUACCGCCUCAAACUUCUCAUCAUCACCAGCAUCCUCCUCAACAGCCCUCAAUGGCUAAUGGAAUUGGGAAUAAUACCAGCAGCAGCUCAAAUAGUCAACAUAAUCUCAACAGCAUUCUGAAGGGCAGCAAAG